CUCUACUCAAUUUCCUCUUCUUCUUCCUCGUUUUGGCUUUUGGUUCAAGUUUUGUUUGCCGGUAAGUUAUUGGAAAAUUUAAGGAAAUUUAACAAAUAAUGGAUGAGAUGAAUAAAUUGGAAGAUGACUCCAUUCCUAGCAGUUGCAACUUUCUAAAAGAUCCGUUAUCAAUUGGGGACCUCAUAGGACCUGGCACAACUUUUGAGAUAAACACAAAUUUCGAUGAAGGCUUCAGCAAUGAUAUAUUUGAAGAAUUAAAUUUGGGUUCCGACGAAGAGGACGACGCGAAGACGGCCUUAGAUCGCUCUGCUUUGGUCUCGCCAUGGACGAAAUCUUUUGACGAGCUGCGGCAGCAAAUGGUAAAGGUUAAUGAGCACAUUUAUAAAAAAGUCACACAGCCAGGAUUUGCUGAGUAUGGCGAAGUGCCGUUAAAUGCACGUGUUUGCAUACGGUACAACGCCUACUGGGAGAGAGAAGGUGCACCGUUCGAUUCGUCCUUUUUACGCGGCUCUUCAUAUAGUUUUUACACGGGAAGACAUGAAGUGAUUGAGGGUUUAGAGGAAGCAGUGCGUACGAUGCAUCGCGGUGAACAGGCACAAUUCGUAAUUUCAUAUCACUUACUAUUCCGCGAGAUUGGCUGUCCGCCGCGCGUAAAAUCUCGCGCUGACGCACUUUUUAUCAUCGAGUUGGUUUCAUUCAAUCCCGUUGGAGAUUUGGACGCCGAUCAGAAUUUGUCUGCAGAAGAACGUGGCAGGUAUGCGGCAGUAAUUGAUAAAAUACGCGAUGUACAUCUCAAAGGGUUAGAUUUCUUUGGACAAGGAUUGCAUAAGAAUGCAUGCCGCGCUUUCGAAAAGGCAGUAAAUAUGCUGAACAGUUGUCACUUGGCCAACGAUCAAGAGCAACGCGAGCAAACAGCAUUUCUGCUUAAACUAUAUACUAAUUUGGCUGUUUGCUACAAUAAAGUCAAUUUGCCGGCAAAGGCGUGCAUUAUGUGCAAGGAAAUACGCCAAUUGACUGAAAAUAAACCUUCGUGCAAGGCACUGUUUCAAGAGGGUCGUGCACUGCUUUUGCUGGGCGAGUAUGAACGUGCACGACACAUACUUAUACGUGCACAACGCAUGGAACCGCAAAAUGAGGAUAUUAGUAAAGAAAUGAAGCUGUUGGAGGAACGGUAUGCGCGUUACAAAGAAAACGAGCGCGGCAUUUGGACGAAAGCGAUGGGGAUAAUUAAGCUAAAUGAGGGUGGUAAAGAAGCUGACGGCGUAAACGAUGAAUCACGCAGCAUUUUCGAACAAGAAAUGGCGGAGUUGAUGAAAAGUUUUAAGACUAAUAUGGAUUUGAAUAACUUCAAUUUGCCAACCGGCUUAACUAAAGCCGAAAUAAAAACUGUCGAUGAGCUGGCACGUAGCAUGGAGCUGAAAUUAACACUCUCACCACUUGAUAAUACCACCUAUACACUUUCUAAAGUGAAUAAGAAUUAGUACGGUCAUUCAAAAACAGUCAUUUCCGUCAGUAAAAUAGGAGCAAAUAUAUUUAUAUUCCAACUAAUAUAUGCGCUCAAGGCAAGAAGUACACUAAGAGGUGGUACGCAAACAAAUUUUUUUCCUAUACAAAACUAGCACGUAAUUUCAUCAAAAUCUCUAAUGUCACAACGAUAUAUGAAAACGAAAACUAUUUACCUUAUGAGAUGUAUAGUUUAAAUGAAUUUAUUUAAUUUGACUAUGCAAACGUUUGCCGUAAUUUUUUAAAUCGAAAAUAGUCGAUGUAUAUACGUAUAUUAUAUAUAUUUUACCGCGCGUAAUGACACAAAGUGUUGGCCUGUUGAAAGAUGCUUAAUAAAUGUUACAGAAAAUGAA